AUGAACAGAAGUUUGGUAAAGGAAUUCACUCUCAUGGGCCUCACAGACAGAACUGAACUGUACAUCCCUCUUUUCAUCAUAUUUCUUCUAGCUUAUAUCACCACAGUACUGGGCAAUGCUGGCAUCAUCAGUUUGAUCAAGGUGGACAGAAAUCUCCAGAAGCCCAUGUACUUGUUCUUAUGCAACCUAUCAUUUGUGGACCUCACGUACUCUUCAUCUGUCACCCCUAAGAUGCUACAAGACUUGCUGUCUGAAUCCCGGACCAUCUCCUUCGAGGGCUGUGCUCUUCAGAUGUACAUAUUUGUCUCCUUUGCAACAGUUGAAUGUCUUCUUCUAGGUGUUAUGGCCUAUGAUCGCUAUGUGGCGGUCUGUAGACCUCUUUCAUAUAAUGUCAUCAUGAGUAGCAUCUUGUGUCUUCAGUUGGUGAUUUUGGCUUAUCUUGGAGGCCUCCUGACUGCGUUGGUUCACAUUGGAUUCGUGUUGCGCCUCAAUUUCUGCAAAUCCAACAUCAUCAGCCAUUUCUUCUGUGACAUUCCACCACUUUUCAAGCUCUCUUGCUCUGACAUAUCUGCCAAUAUUGUUGUGAUUUUUAUUUUGGGUGGGUUGAUAACCAUGACGUGUCUCAUCAUAAUCCUUGCAUCCUAUGCUAACAUAGUCCUGGCCAUUGUGAGAAUCCGCUCUCCUCGGGGCAGAUAUAAGGCAUUCAGUACCUGCACCUCUCAUAUGACUGCUGUCACCAUUUUCUAUGGGACGGUGAUAUUUAUGUAUUUUAGGCCGUCCGGCAGCUAUGCCCUUCAGCAGGACAAAGUGGUCUCAGUCUUCUACAGCAUACUGAUACCUAUGUUAAAUCCAUUAAUUUAUACCCUAAGGAAUAUGGAGUUUAAAGAAGCUGUAAGGCGCCUGGUGAAAAAAAAACAUAAAUAA